CUCAGUAUCAUAACAAUAGUCAUACGACUUGACAAGUUUUGACAGUUGGAAUUUCCGAGGUGCCAAAGACAAUUGACACCUCGAAAAACGAGAGAGAGCAUCGCAAAGUGUCAAAGAGUCAAAAAAUCUAGUGACUGUUCAAGACAAAAAAAAAAUAAUGGCAGACGAUGAGAGGAAGGCAGGUGCCCUGAAGAGAUUGAAGGAGUUGAAGACAACAAAAGGAAAGAAAGCUCUUGGGGCUGAGGAGGCGAUAACAAUUCUGAAGGACGAGGCAGCAAGAGGAGGACUUGAGACUGAAGAUAUCGAGACAAUUGUCGAUCUGAUAACGAGCACUGAUUUGCGGGCAGGUCUAUGUGUUCCUCUGAUCCACUGCCUCAUCCCCAGGAACAAAGUCCCGGAGAAAAUCGUCGAGGAUGUGAUAAACUUCUGGUUCCACAAGUGGAAUGAUCUACCAAUUACUGUCGCCAGUACUAUCAUCCAGUGGUUGACAGGUCUCUGGGAAUAUCAGCUGGUGGACAGACAGACGAUUAACGCCUACUACGAUUGUUUUUUUCAUAAUAUGUUGAAGAAGGAGCGUUUGGAAUCUCCCACUGCAAAAUUAGUCUAUCUAAUGACAAAGCCAGAAGACGUGGCUCGUCGUCAGGUAUUUCGUCUGCUGCGUCUCCAGGACAAGUACACCAAACCCCCGAAGCACCUGUCAGCUCUUCUGUCUUUAUUCAAGUCGUAUAAACCAGAGCUAGUCCCAGAGAAGAUACCAUCCCUCAAUUUGGAGAGUGUGUGGAAGCCCAUCCCCGAGGUAUUUCGUCUGGGGUUCGAGGAAGCGAAGAGUAGGAGCUCGCAGAGGGACAUCCAGAGUCAAGAGCACUUUGACUGGAAUAUAAUCAGGCAUGCAGAUGGAAAAAAAACAGAGCAACUGCUUCCCUCCAUCAGGUACUUCCAGAUGGGCUCGAGCAUCUAUCGAGAUAAAACCACAAAGUCCAUAUUUGAUCUCAGCAAUAUCACGGACGUGGGGAAGUACUACUUCAGCGUGGAAUUACCCACAAAUGCAACAUCAUUGCUUGCCAACAGUGCAGGGUAUCACUUCCUGACGUUCGCUAAUUACGAGUAUCAGAGCAGAUUCUCUCAUAAUCUUUAUAAUGCCCUGAGGAGGGCCUUCAUACUGGAGUCCAGUAGAUUCUCCAAGGGGCAGAAGACGCAGCUGCUGGAGAUGACGAUUGAAUUCUGCAGGUACAUGCAGCAGGGGAUUCCAGUGGUUCUUCGAUUCUUCCUGGAAUAUCUCCCUUACGAAUCCGGGGAGUAUCGCCCUCAACUCCUGGGAAUUCUCGAGUGGUGCACGCACAUCAGUGCGACAGAACUCCAGGACACCCUAGCCCCACACCUCGAGGAGAUUUUUCUGGAGUCGACGAUUACCCAGAGAUGCAGGAUAAUUCGAUCCCUCCGUAGAUUUUUGAGAAAUAUAUUCGUUAAUCAGAAUUUUGGGGCAGAUAUCAAGUCAUCUCCCUUCCUGGGGCAAAAACCCUCGAACGAAUUGACAGAUCUUCUACCCCCAACCCUCGCCAUUGUCCAGGAUCUCGUGAUAAAGGGGCUGAACUCGUCCUCGAAUGAUCCCCUGAUCCUCAACGAGGCGCUGAGUUUUUACGAAGAGGUUCACAUGCUGGUAAAGACCUCUGACACACCAGGACUUAUUAUCGCCCCAUCACCAGUCGUUUAUGGAGCCUUUUGCAGCAGGAGUUGUGCCCUCAUCUCCAGGAUCUGUGGUCUACUACUCAUGUACAGGGAAACCUGUCUGGAGCUCCAGAGAAUUGGACUCAGGGGAGAAUUCGUGGAGGAUGUGCAGAAGGUUCUGGGGUAUGGGAAUGACCUGGGGAAUGCCCUCUGGAACUCCAGGAUCUUCUCGGGGGGCCCUGACGGCUUUUUCCAGGGAAUGGCUGAGGGGGUUGAGGAGGGACUGCCUCAGGAUGCUGACGCCAGGCUCGAUAUCAUGAGGCAUAUCGCAUUUUUACCGUAUGUUUACACCCUAGGACAGACUGGCCUCGAUAUACCGAGCAAGGAAGCUGCUCUCGUCAUGGCUCAACAGUAUUUUCCCAAUGUCUUUGAGUUUAUCGAAAAAUUUGAUCAGCCCAUCGAAGGUGAGGACUGAUAUUUCGUUUUAAAAUCAUCAAUGAAUUGGAAUCGUUUAAAUUUCAAUGCCUUAAUGCAAAUGAAAAUACUUUUUCUACUUGAAUAACGUAAAUCUCCUUCUUGGAGACGACAAUGGAUUUUUCCAUUUAAUUAUAUGAAUAAAU